AUGGAGUGGGACGUAUUUGAUGGUAAAAGAAUAUCUAAAUAUGUAAGGAAUUUUUUAAAUGUACAAAUAUGCUUUUCUUAUGCAGGAAACACUGAGAGGACAUCAAACUAUACUGUUGUUCAGACAGCAUCAGAUCCAGUCCGUCCAGGAGACUCAGUGACUCUGCAGUGUUCGGUCUUCUCUGACUCUAGAAAUAAGACGUGUUCAAGAGAUCUCAGUGUGUUCUGGUUCAGAGCUGCAUCAGAAAAAUCUCAUCCAGACGUCAUCUAUGCUGAUGGAAACGGAUAUGAUGACUGUGAGAAGAAAUCUGACAUUCAGAGGAGAUGUGUGAAUCGCUUCUUUAAGAACAUCAGCUCCUCUGAUGAUGGGACCUACUACUGCGCCGUGGCCACAUGUGGACAGUUAUUAUUAGGAAAUGGAUCCAAACUGGAAAUUGAGCAUCCAGAAUGUUCCAAAUUCAUCCUGGUGAUAACAAUAAUCUGUUUGGUCAUAUCUGGGAUUGUUAACAUUUUUCUUAUCUGUUACCGACUUCCAAGAGCAGCUUGUGAACAUUGUAAAGGGAUAGAAAUCACCUCUUCACGAAGCAGACAUGACAACUUGAGUCAGAAUGGAGAUGAUAUUGCUGAAGGUGGAAAUGAUCUGAACUAUGCUGCAUUAUAUUUCUCUGAAGCAAAACCAAAGAGAGGAAGGAGGAAGAAAAAGCUGAAUACUGAAGAAAGUCUGUAUUCUCAGGUCAAAUCCUAAAAAUCUAAUCUUUAUGAAAAUAUACUGAUAUUGCCAUUCUAUGUUGAAAAUAAAUAAUGACAAAAGAUUUAUUCAUACUAUUGUCAGCUAUCAAUUUUAGGAUGAAAAUAGAAUAAAUCAUUACAUACGUUCUCCUCAUUAAAUUGUCUAUAUCUAUCUUACAUUUGUUCUUAUUUACCUGUGUUUGCUUUUGCUUGUAUCUUGUCAUACAUUUUUUUGCCUGCAUUUUUAUUGUUUAUGCUUUAUGUUGUUUUACUUCUUCAACUUUAACUUUGGUAUAAAUUUUGAUACCAAAAGCUUUGUUUCAUCUCUUUGUUUACACUUGUACAUAAAAAAAGAAAUACAGCUGUGAAUGUCCUGCUUAAAGGAGUAAUUAUCAUGUUCCUUAUUGAGUGUAAAUGUCCUAUAUACACAAUAAAACAUGUGAUUUACAGAAUUAUAUGCAA